GGCCUCAACAGCUAAGAUAGAUACUAAUACGAUUAUAGCGGCAUUACAGCGUACCUGAGACACGCAAUAAAGGCAUGCUAUAUGCUAUUAAUAUGAGCUGGUUUAUUAUAAAUAAAUACUAUACUAUAACUGUGGACCUUCCCGUUUAUUCUACUGCUCUCCUUCUCGACCCUUCAAAACGAGAUACCUACAUUAAGCAGAACUGGCUGGAUAAGUGGUACAACAAUACAAUUAGCGGAGCACAAGCGAUUCGGGAGGAAGAAUACAAUAUUGAUCUCCCUAUGUCACACUGAAUGGAUAGGAUCACAAUGACGAU